UGUGUCAAUUCAGAGCUUCCCUUUUUCCAAGAUUUCAUGAAGUUGCAACUUUAUCAUACAUGUUAGUUAUGUUUAUUGCCGGUGAUUAAUGAGUAACUCAGGGAACUACAGGGAGAGGGCGUGGAGGUCUUCUUAUAGAGAAAUGAAGUGACGCUUGACAGCAGACUCAUGGCUCAGACGCUUCUCGUGAGCGGAUAUUGAUUUUUUCUGAACUUCAGAUAUCAAGGAUAUGAUUGUGCAGAUGACCACUUGACUGACAUUGAAAGCGUUUGCUGUCAUGAACUCCUUCAGGAGCGUGUCAUCUAUAACUCUAAUCUGUCUGUGUUGGCAGAUCCUAGGUUCAACUGCCUCUGCCAGUACUAGCCUGUGGGGCAAGAAGCUGGUAUUCAUAGUUGCUAAGUGUACCUGGCAGCUUCAGCCAGAUGUUGUGCUACCAGCCCUUAAGGAGGUGACUGUGUGCACGCUUUUACGCCGCACCGUCGACACAGAAUGGACAGGUUUUGACUACAGAGCACCAGGAGGAGGACGCAUGAGACUUGGGGGCACAAGUAAAAAGCUGUCAGUUUGGCUGUUUGACGAAGAACACAGCUUGAAAUGGGGAUUGAAACUGAAUGAAUGGUACUCUGUCUGCGUCACCUGGUCUGGCCACGCUCGAAGGCUGCAGAUCUACAUAAAUGGAAGUAGUGAGUAUGAGGUAUCUUUGAACCCCCUCCGAAACCAACAGCUGGCCCCAAACGGCACUCUGACUCUGGGGAUGUCUCAUAUAAUCAUGAGCGGUGAAGUGAAGCGGGAGACUGGGAAGGAUCUGCUGGGUGAGAUUGGUCGGUUCAGGAUGUGGGCCAGAGAGUGGAGCGCUGAGGAGCUGGGGGGACAGAGCUGUGCAGAUGGAGACCUGGUGAGGUGGGACCUGACGCAGUGGAAAUCCAACUGCUUUCCUGAGCUUGACAACAACCUACAGUGUGCAUGGUCACGCUACAAAAUCAAAAUGUGGACAUCCAUGGUUCCCUCUACGGAGCCUGGGAAUUGUUCAAAGUCACUGGAGGAAGUCACACAAAACUGGUUGCAGAGCAUCUUCCCUGACAACAUCUCUGUGCAGCACAUCCAUGUGUCAUCCCCAAGCCGUGCCUGCCGAGUGGUUAAUAAUUCUGCUGCUCUGUCUGCGCAACAACCUCAGGAAUUAAGAGCAUUGUCAAACUCCACCUGUGACAAGUGUUUCAGAUGUGAAGUCAAUGCCAACGUGACUCCUGCUGCUGAAGUUGAAGUGGUUCAGGCGAGCAUUCUCUCGUUGUUGAACUCGACCUUCUCUUACGACUUCCUCAACCUGACAGCUUACCCUAACAGCAUCAGUAUUCUGCCUGUGGCUGUUGCACUGGACACGUUCUUCAGAGUGAAUCUAACCUUGUCUAUGACUGGCAGCCCGACAAAACCAGAGGAAGUUAUUGAGAAAUGGUUAAAAGAACAGCUGGAGGUGAAUGCCAUGGAAGUGCUGAAUGUCAUCAUAAAGGAGAAUGUAGGCAGGAACAUGGCGAAUGGACUGAUGAUUUUUAACAGCCAACCAAAACUGUAUAACUGCACAUUCAAUGUCCAGGAAUACAACGUAAACACUGUGGCAGAAAGUAUAGCUUUUAUUAAUGCUACCUUGACAGCAAAGUAUGUAAAUAACUCCAUUAUUAUUCAAACUACGGAAGUGGCUAUCAAGCACAUAGUGCCAGCAAACUGUUUGGAAGAAAAGACUUCAACAAUAUACGGAGAAUAUAUUUGGCCUGAAUCAUUUCCACAGGAGAAUCAAAAAAUGGGAUGCAAUAAGCCAAAAUCAAAAAGAGCCUUCAGGCUUUGUAAGUUAGACGUUGAAACUGACACGACAAGCUGGGCUGAUCCUGAUAUGAGAAAUUGCCAGCAGCUUGUGACCAUAUCAGACCUCGACAAUAUCACUGUCACUACUGGUAACGCGGCUGGGGUUGUGGACAUGAUUCAGGACCUUAUAGAUGUCCAGUUGAAUGACAGUGAAAGUGAGCUCUCUUCCUUUGAGCUGGAUACUGUGGUGGAUAAGCUCCGUGAGGUGGUUCACAUCAGCAGCACCACACCUGCUGUUGGUGCAAACAUCGUCAAUAUUGUAGCAAAUAUCCUGCUCUCUAAAACUGACCUCACUCCUGUGGCUGGCAUUGUCCUUAAUCUGACAGAUAGAAUGGCGAACAAUAUGGAUUUCCCAGAUGAAUCAGUCAGUAUAACAGCCCCCUUGCUGGCCCUGUCCCUCAUCAAUGUAAAUCGUAAUAAAUUCAGUGGCCUCACCUUUGGUGUCUCCUCAGUUUCCCCAACCCUGAAUCCAGAGAUUUUCAUCAACCAAAACUUUGAGAGUGAACCGCUCCCUGACACAAAUGCAACCAUCGCUCUGCCCUCUGAACUCUACAACUAUUUCCCUCCUGGAGAAAGAAAUACGACUCGUAUCCAGUUUCAAUUCUAUGCAACAAACGAGCUCUUUCAGGACCCGUACACAAACAAUGCAACUCAGAGCAGCUGGAAAUUGAAUUCCUUUAUAGUAUCUGCCAGUAUCAAUAACAGCAUGGUCAGAAACCUCACGGAUCGAGUGGUGGUGACCCUCAGCCAUCAAACAGCCCUAAAGCCAGGGGACAAGGUGCAGUGUAUGUUUUGGGAUUUCCAGAAGAAUGGUGGGCAGGGUGGUUGGAACAGCAGAGGAUGUAAAACCCGCAGUAUUUCUGAUUAUCAGACCAGCUGUCUCUGUGAUCACCUCACACAUUUCGCUGUGCUCUUGGAUGUAUCCCGAACACCCAUAGGUGAAGCUGACAGUCAGAUUCUGACAGUGAUCUCAUAUCUUGGUUGUGGUAUAUCUGCCAUAUUUCUCGGAAUCACUCUUCUCACCUACCUUUCUUUUGAGAAGCUGCGGAGAGACUACCCAUCUAAGAUACUCAUCAACCUGUCGGCUGCCCUGCUGGGGUUGUGCAUGCUCUUCCUCCUGAACUCCUGGCUCUCUUCCUUCUCAAACUACGGGCUGUGCAUCGCCACUGCUGCAACGCUGCACUACUUCCUGCUAGCUUCUUUCACCUGGAUGGGCCUGGAGGCCGUGCAUAUGUACCUCGCACUUGUCAAGGUCUUCAACAUCUACGUUCCCUCCUACAUCCUCAAGUUCUGUGCUGCAGGAUGGGGUAUUCCUCUGGUGAUAGUCAGCCUGAUCCUGGCUAUAGAUAAAGAUGCUUAUGGCAGCGCUGGGCCUAUAGAAACUGCAGGGAUGCUUAAGUCCACCGACCAAUUCUGCUGGCUGCAGAAUGACGUCUUCUUCUACGUGACGGUGGUGGCAUUUGUCCUUCUGAUCCUGUUGUGCAACGUCUCUGUGUUCGUCGUGGUUCUGAUCCAGAUCAGACACAUGAGGACCAAUAAACGGUCAACAAGCAGCCCCAACUCUCUGCAAGACUUGAGGGCGGUGGCCAGUCUCACCGUCCUGCUGGGCCUGACGUGGUCAAUGGGCUUUUUUUCAUUUGGGCCUGGCAAAGUGGCCAUGAUGUACCUGUUCUCCAUCUUCAACACCUUGCAGGGGUUCUUUGUCUUUUUGUUCCACUGUUUGAUGAAGGAAAAUGUGAGGAAACAGUGGAAAAUCCACUUGUGCUGUGGACGUUUCAGACUCAGUGAUUACUCAGACUGGAGCCACUCUGUGACCAUGGGCGGCAAAAAUAACCAUCUUGUUAACUCUGACUCAGUCGCUUCUGACGAAACCUCCACCAACAGGAAGGUCUCUGACUCCUCCACAGGAUCUGCACCAAACCACCACCAGAGGGCGUGAGCCAGCCUCUGUGUGUGCCAUUGUGUACAGUACAGCUUUACUUACCCUCCAAGGUCCAUUCUGCAAUCACAAACACUGAUAGCAGAACAUAGAGCAGCUGAUUGGCUGUUAUUAUAGGCAGGGGAAGAGCAAAUAAACCACAAGUUCAACGAGGUACAAUGUGUCUGUGGACACUCCUGAAUCCUUAUCAUAGCCACGAAAAUAAUCAAUAUACUGCGCUGACUGUCAGAUCACAGGACAGUAAAGGUGUGCUCUGAUAAAUGUAUAUUCCAAAGCCUUUAAUCUACAUCUCACAUUUAAAGUUUAUAUUACUGCUUUCAUCGUACUGUAGAGCUGAAUGGCUGAUGCUUAAAAAGAACAUUUUGUGUUUGUAAAACUUGAAUAGUAAAUUCAUGAGUGAUGUCUAUGUGACACAGAAGCAGUUUUAAAUGUAAUAGAAAUGUUAUAUAAAGAGCGGCAUCUGUAACCUAGAACUGUUGUCUAGUACAGUUUGUGAGAAAUUGUAGUUAAUUCUAUACUUUUAUGUGCAAUUUUUAAGACAUAACACCAUCGUACAGCUCUAAGUUUACAGUGUGCUUCUUCUGACCUUUACAAUGUUAGUAUUCAUGAUGGUAAGGCUAAGGUAUUUUUUUAAUGUCAAUGCUAACAAAAUAUAAGUGUAAGCUUUAUGAGCAUCUAAAAGUAGCUUUCUUUCCUGUGUGAAGAUUUGAAUGUUAAUAAAGUAACUGACUACAACUGA